GUGCUAAAUAGCCUUUUCGAAAAUGAAAAGAUGGUCCGGUUUGCCAAAAGGAUUGAGCCGGCCCUGCCUGAUUUUUCCGCCAAAAUCAGCCUGAAACUCGCUCCGAUGCAUAAACUCUCCCCAAGCGGUUGUGGACACCUGUGUUCCUCCCUCAGGAACUUCUUCAAAGGCCACAAAACUCUCUCAUCCAUUACACUCUUUAGCACUUGCGCCGAAACCGUAGGUCCCAAAUCCAAGCUAGAAUUCAUCAUAAACGAAGUUGAAGAGCUCCAAUGUUCAAAAUCCACCACCCAAAUAACCCAAACAGCACCUGAAACCGAAAAUUCCUCCAUUCUGAGCCUAUCCACGAAGCCUGAAAGAAUGUCGGUUCAGAUUUCGCACCCGUGGCCUGAGUGGGUGGACUUGAUGGAAUGCUUGUUGAAGAGAGGUUGCAUCGAAGGUGGUCGAGCGCCAUUUGGAAUCGGCGAAGCGGGUGACGCCAAGGAGCGGAACCUUAUCCGGACGGCAUGCCUCAAUUUCGCACGGGAUCGGUAUGACCUUAUACGGUUCUUGUCCAGGAAGGAUAUCCAGCUCAUUGUAGGGUUCGGAUGCCCAACCAUAGACAGGAAAGUUGUCAACUCAGGGAAGCGUCUGAGAGCACAUGUUGGCAUUGAUGAAGGAAAUGUUUGUAGCUCCUGCAAUUUAAGGGGAGACUGUGAGAGGGCGUAUGUGAAGGCACGUCAAGAUGAAAGUGGGCGAACUGUGGAUGUCAUGCGCAUCUUGUUAACGUAUGGGCUUGAUCGAAUUACAGGUACAGUGGAGAACAAGCUAGGUUCAAACAGAUUACUUACAGAAUCAGUGAGAAGGUUGCUGAAGGAAAUGGUAGAAUAUAGUAGCACCAAGGAACUUGACUCUGAUCUACCUAAGGCCACACCCUUGAAAAGACAAGGAGAUUGGAUUUGUCCCAAAUGCAGCUUUAUUAAUUUUGCAAAAAACAUCAAGUGCUUGCGUUGUGAUGGUUUAUUCCAUGAAAGACUAAAGCAACUGCGUGAGGUUCAGGAUCAUCUUCCGUUAAAGAAGGGGGAUUGGAUAUGUGACAAAUGCAAUUUCUUAAAUUUUGCCAAGAACACAAGAUGUUUGCAAUGCAAAGAGAACCCUCCAAAGCGGCAACUUAAUCCUGGGGAGUGGGAGUGUGACUCGUGUAACUACAUCAACUUCAGAAGAAACAUCGUAUGUUUGAAAUGUGACUUCAGACGGCCAAAAGCAUUCAAUGCUUCAAAUCCCUCCAAUCAACCUCAACAAGAUAAUGGAGGCUAUUGUAAUCAGAGUGAAAUGAGUUCUAUCAGAGCUAAGGCCAAUGUUAACGAUCAGGCAUCUGUUGGACGAAAUAGAAAAAGUCUAGAAAUGGGUUCAAAUAUAUGGAGAUUUGUGGACGAUUCCAGCGAUUAUGUUAACAAGAGGGAAAUGAGUAUUGUCAGGGCUAAGGCCAAUGUUAACUAUCAGGCUUCUGUUGGAAGAAAUAGAAAAAGUCGGGAAACUGGCUCAAAUAUGUGGAGAUUUGUGGACGAUUCCAACGAUUCUGCUUGCUCAAGCGCAUGUAACGACGAUUCUGGAUUUCUAGAUUUUCCCAUUUCUGGGGGUAAGAGUGAUUUGUCUCAAGAUGAACAAAGGAGAGAAAGAUGGAAGUUGGAGAUGCUGCAGAGGAGAAAAGGCACCAUAACGGCAAGCCCAGAAGAUGAUGAAUUUAGGUCUGCAAAUUUUCCGAGAAAGCUGGAUUUCCCUGAAUCAACCGAUGAUGAAGAGCUGGCUGAAUGGUUUGGGCAUGGGAAGACUGAGAGAAAGGCUUGUUCCACUACCUGAUCAAUUGCAAGAUUGAUUGAAGAUAAAAGCAUUGCCUCCAGAGAACAUGGUGAUUUCAGGAAACUAGGUGUGCACUACAAGGCAGAUUUUCUGGUUAAAAAGUGCCGGUAAAGCCUUGAUCCUUCUGCCUUGUUUGUAAAAGCAGGCCAAGAUUUUGUGCAGUCCUGGCUUUUGGUGUUUCAUGUGUCUGUAACCUAUGUGAAUUUUGCUGCGCUGUAGUAGCUUUGAUUCUGAGGUAA